GAUGUGUGCAGCUAUCCCGUUAGUUAAUCUCGUAUUGUGUCAAAUCUAGACAGUAAAAUUGGUGAAAGCAAAACACUUCGUUUAUGAUAGUUAAGUUUAUUUCUUGCUCGUAUUGAAAAUCUUUAACCAAAAUGAUGUGUCGGCAAAUUCUUCCGGACGUGACGGACGGUGGUAUCGAACAGAUUUACAUUGUCAAAACGGAACCCGGCCUAGAAGAUGAUGGUGGGCUCGCUAACAUGGUCCCGGAAAUGGUUGACGAAAUCAAAACGGAACCGAAGUUCGAGAAUGAUGAGGAAGAAUAUACAAACCCAGAGGAUGAACAACCAAAUGAGGAGGUUGGAUUUGAAACGGUUGAUGUGAUUGUAAAAGAGGAACCAAAAGUGGGUUCCGAUUGCGAUUCGAAGUUGAAGUCUGAGACAUCCGCAAAGGAUCGAUCUGAUAGCAAAAAGGAAAAGACUAAACCCAAAACUGGGAAACAGGAAUCGAAAAAAGAGAAAAAGCUAAGUAGUUCCACUAAGGAGAAGGUUGAUAAUGCUCAAGUUAAUGAGAAUCUUGAUUGCUCAGUAUGUGGCAAAAAAACUAACAAUAAGUACAAUCUGCAAAAACACAUGCAAACACACGACACGCAGAGAAUGGCAGAAAAAGAAAAGGAACUAACUUGUCAAAUUUGUGGCAAGGUCUCUUUUUCUAAAAAAAAUCUAAAAAUACAUCUUGCAGGGCAUGAGAGAAAGGCACAAAAACUAGAACAACUAGAAAAAAAGAAAAAAUCGAAAUUGGAGAAGGAGAAGCUUAAACGGUUCGUUUGUCACUAUUGUCCCAGCAAGUUUACCACUAACUAUAACCUUCAGCGCCACGAGGAUCUUCACGACAUUCCGCUAGACCAACAGAUCCACAAGAGAAAAGAGUUCUUUUGUUAUGUUUGUGAUCAGGAUUUGGGGUCGAAAGAAGGCAUUCAGGAACAUUUGUACACCCACGCUGACCAGCUGCCGUUUACGUGCGAGGAGUGCGAUAAACCAAUAUCUAUCAAAUCGGUGCGUGAUUUAAAUCAGCACUUGGAAAUGCACAAAGACACUACGAACGGAAGUGUUAAGUGUGCCUGGUGUCCGCUGCGUUUCCAUUCACUUAAAAACUGCAAAUUUCACGAAAAAACGCACGUCAACGAAGGAAGCAGUGCUUUGGAGGCGCUCGAACGCAGAGCAAGCAUUUUGAGCAAGAAAAAGAACGUUAAAGUCAUCGUCGUUGAAGGUGCUUUGCGCUAUGCAUGCGAUCUGUGUGAUAAAUCGUACACGUUGCUUGAUUCGUUACGAGAUCACAUGAAGACGCACACUGAUUGUGGUAAACCGAAAAAACUGCACGUUUGCACGAUCUGUAACAAGUUGUUUACAUCUGCCGAUGGGCUUCAUUCACACAGACUGGUUCAUUCAGAUUUAUUGCCAUAUAAAUGUGAAUACUGCGAUAGAGGCUUUAAAGAGACCGUUCGUUUAAUUUCACAUCGUCGCACUCACACGGGAGAGAGACCGUUCGUUUGUGGUUGUGGUCGAGCAUUCGCGAAAAAAUAUACAAUGAUGUCUCACAAAAAGAUAUGUUUAUCGCCGGAACUGCUGACAAGUUGCUCCUGUCGAAUUUGUGGAGAUAAAUCCUUUCCAAGCUAUGCGGAUUUAAUAAAACACGUAACUGGGGUACACACAGAGCCCAUUCCGAGAACGAAAUGUCAGUUUUGUCCCGCGUUAAGCCAAAAUGCGCUUCUUCUGGUACGUCACGAGCAUCGUCAUCAGAUGCCGAACGUGAUUAAAUGUGAUCAGUGUAAUCGCAUUUUCAAAAACAAAGCACUGUUGGAAGAGCAUGAAGUUAUACACAUCAACACGCCACAAUCAUUUAUUUGUGAUAUUUGCGGAAUGACUUUCAGUCGACUCAAACGUCUAAAGAAGCACAAGAAAAACCACACAACAGUACGACGAAAACCUGCCAAGCUGCAUUGUUGUGAGCUGUGCCCAAAAAAAUUCGCAUGGUUGGGGAACUUUCGCAGUCACCAAAAGUUGCACUACAACUCGAAAAGUAGACAUUUUAUCCCGUCACUGGUAGAGGGACCAGCACCAGAACCGGUCGUGGAUGAAAAUGAGGAUAUUGAUUUUGGUAUGUUAGUAAAAACAGAAAUGAAGUUAAUAUAAAUAAAACCUCAAAUUUGUCAACUUAGUAUGAUUUUUGCUGAUUGGUUUAUUAAAAAAGAAAUAAAUAAAUCUAAAUA